AUGCUCAGUGGCGAUGAGCGUGAGCGCCGAACUCUGGCACAGGCGCCUCGGCCACAUCAAUCCACGUGCUAUGGAGAUUUUGCGGCGCAACCCCGCUACAGGUGUGCAGGUGUGAAAUAUGACGGACCUGUAUCCCCGUGCGUCAACUGCCACAUCACGAAGCACAAGAAGGCUCCCGUUCCGACGAAGACCAGCCGUGUCCUGACUAAACCAGGCCAACUCGUCCAGUUCGACAACAUGGGACCAAUCGACCCACCUGCGGAAUACAACGGACGCAUCUACGCCUACGUCGCCAAAGCGACUGACGUCUUUACCAGAAUGCGGGAAGUGUACCUACUGCGCGACAGGACCGAAACCACGCAAGCUCUGCACGCCUACAACAUGCAGGUAGCAUCUGAAGGCUACCGCAUCGAGGUUCUACGCUGUGACAAAGGGGGAGAGAACACUGGGGAAGAAAUGCGCAACUACUGUAGGGAGUCUGCGAUCAAGCCGGAAUUUGCCGCGACCAACACGCCCCAAGAAAUCGGAGUGUCAGAAAGGGAUAGCAAGACACUUGCGGCUGUGACUCGAGCUCUACUGCGCGAUGGAGACUUUCCAAAACACAUGUGGGGGGAGCUCAUGAUGACUGCAGCAUACCUGACCAACAGGACCCCACACGCGGCGCUAGGGGGAGCCACGCCGUAUUCCAAGAUGUACAACACAACCCCGGACCUUUCUCGACUUCGUGCCAUCGGCGCCCGCGCGUUCGUUCAUCACGAGCGAUUCAAGAAGAAACUAGACGACCGGGCCUUUGAAGGCAAGCUCUGCGGUUACGGACCAGACAGCAAGACGUACCGGAUCUACGUGGAGGGCAAAGACAAGAUGUACGAGAGCCGGAACGUGACUUUCAUCGAGACUCCACCCAACACCAUCCCCCCUACCGAUGGGACGACCGUCUCGGAUAUGAACAGGGCGCACCUCGAGCAAGGGUUCUUGGGGGAAACAAACCAAGAGAUCAAAACUCCGAGCACGUACACCGAAGCCAUGAACUCACCACAACGCGAGCCGUGGACGAGAUCUAUCAACACCGAGAUGGGCAAUCUCGCCAAGCACAAAGUCUACAAGAAACCGCUUCAAGGCCCGCUUAGUCGCGNUAUCGACACCGAGAUGGGUAAUCUCGCCAAGCACAAAGUCUUUAAGAAAGUACGCAUCAGCCUGGUACCGAAGGAUGAGGACAUCUUCGACACACGCUUCGUGUUCAAGAUCAAGGCCGACAGCCGCUUCAAGGCCCGAUUAGCCGCCGGGGGACACCGCCAACGGGCAGGCCGACACGACGGAAGGAACUACGCUCCAGUCACCUGA